GGCGGCGGCGGGGGGAGGCGGUCGCCGGGCGCCGCCCGCCCCGCAUCCCGCAUCCCGCCGGCCCCGCAUCCCGCCGCAUCCAGCCGCCGGCCCCAAAUGGAUUAUCUGCGGCUAGUGCUCUCCUGCCUCGUCCCCCUGCACGGCUGCCUGGCCGCCAGCAGCGCCCCAGAGCUGCUCCUGUCCGGCAAACUCAGCGAGUAUGGUGUGAUCGUCCCGUUCAGCACCGACUGCCGGGGUCGCUUCCUGUCGCACGUGGUGUCCGGGGAGGCUGCGGCGGGGCUGGGCCGGGCGGGCUGUCCCCGGGAGCCGGACUGUCCCCGGGAGCCGGACCCGUCCCGCCGCCGCGUCCCCCGCAGCCCCCCGGGCGAGCCCCCCCAGCGCCGCUUGCUCUACUUCAAUGUCACGGUUUUUGGGAAGGAGCUGCACCUCCGGCUGAGGCCCAACCGCCGCCUGGUGCCGCCGGGAGCCGUGGCCGAGUGGCAGGAGGAUUUUGAGGUGCUUUUCCGGGAACCCCUCCAGCAGCGGUGCCUUUUCACCGGCGACAUCUCCGGCAUGCCUGGAGCCGCCGUGGCCAUCAGCAACUGCGACGGACUGGCUGGCCUGAUUCGGACAGACAGCAAUGAGUUUUUCAUCGAGCCCCUGGAGCGGGGCCAGCAGGACACGGAGGAGCACGGGAGGGCCCACGUGGUCUAUCGGCGCUCGGCCAUCCGGCAGGACAGCGCUGAGCCACGCCAUGACCUCCAUCCUGAAGCACCUGGUGUGCAGGUGGGCGAGCUCCCGAAUUCCCUGGAGCUGAUGGCRGAGCGGCUGAUGGGGGACGCGGAGCGCAAGCGGCGCCACGCCAGGAAGGAUGACUACAACAUCGAGGUGCUGCUGGCCGUGGACGACUCUGUGGUGCGCUUCCAUGGCAAGGAGCACGUCCAGAACUACGUCCUCACCCUCAUGAACAUCGUGGAUGAAAUCUACCACGACGAGUCGCUGGGCGUGCACAUCAACAUCGUGCUGGUCAGGAUGAUCAUGGUGGGAUAUCGCCAGUCGGUGAGCCUGAUCGAGCGGGGCAAUCCGUCGCGGAGCCUGGAGCAGGUGUGCCGCUGGGCGCACUCGCAGCAGCGCUCCGACCCCCAGCACGCCGAGUACCACGACCACGCCGUCUUCCUCACCAGGCAAGAUUUUGGGCCCGCAGGCUACGCUCCGGUGACGGGGAUGUGCCACCCUCUCCGCAGCUGCACCCUCAACCACGAGGACGGCUUCUCCUCSGCCUUCGUCGUCGCCCACGAGACCGGCCACGUGUUGGGCAUGGAGCACGACGGGCAGGGGAACCGCUGCGCCGACGAGACCAGCAUGGGGAGCAUCAUGGCGCCGCUGGUGCAGGCCGCCUUCCACCGCUACCACUGGUCCCGCUGCAGCAAGCAGGAGCUCAAUCGCUACAUCCACUCCUACGACUGCCUCCUGGACGACCCCUUUGAGCACCCAUGGCCCACGUUACCRGAGCUGCCRGGCAUUAAUUACUCCAUGGAYGAGCAGUGCCGCUUCGACUUUGGCGUGGGCUACAAGACGUGCACGGCCUUCCGCACCUUCGACCCCUGCAAGCAGCUGUGGUGCAGCCACCCGGACAACCCCUACUUCUGCAAAACCAAGAAGGGGCCGCCCUUGGAUGGCACUGAGUGCUCUCCUGGCAAGUGGUGCUUCAAGGGCCACUGCAUCUGGAAGACGUCGGAGCAGCCCUACAGCCAGGACGGCAGCUGGAGCUCCUGGUCCAAGUUUGGCUCGUGCUCCAGGACCUGCGGGGGAGGCGUGCGGUCCCGCAGCCGCAGCUGYGACAACCCGCCCCCGGCGUACGGAGGACGCCAGUGCCCGGGAGCCACCUACGAGUACCAGGUGUGCAACGCCGAGGAGUGCCCGGGGCCCUAYCAGGACUUCCGUGCCCAGCAGUGCUCCAAGCGCAACUCCUACUACACCCACCAGARCAGCAAGCACUCCUGGCUUCCCUACGAGCACCACGACGACGCUCAGAAGUGCGAGCUGAUCUGCCAGUCCGAGGGCACGGGGGACGUGGUGUUCAUGAACCAGGUSGUCCACGACGGGACCCGCUGCAGCUACCGGGACCCCUACAGCGUCUGUGUCCGGGGCGAGUGYGUGGUGAGCAGCUGGAAUCUGCUCUGCUAUCCAUCCCUGUGUCCAUCCCUAGUUUUGGGGUUCACCUUGCCAUGUCAUCCCUCUCCUGUGGCAUCAUUCUUCCCCUUCUCCUGCCUGCAGGUCAUGCCUCAGGAGGAGGAGGCGAGGAGCAGCCUCAUGUACCGCUACAUCAUCCACGAGGACCUGCUGCCCAUGAUCGGGAACAACAACGUGCUGCUGGAGGAGAUGGAUUCCUACGAGUGGGCCCUCAAGAGCUGGUCCCAGUGCUCCAAGGCCUGUGGAGGAGGCAUCCAGUACACCAAAUAUGGCUGCCGUCGGAAAAGCGACAACCGGAUGGUGCACAGAAACUUCUGUGACAACGGCAAGAAGCCCAAGCCCAUCCGGAGGCGCUGCAACCUCCAGGAAUGCUCCCAGCCCAUGUGGGUGGCCGAGGAGUGGGGCGCCUGCAGCCGCUCCUGCGGGAAGCUGGGGGUGCAGGCUCGGGGGGUGCAGUGUGUGCAGCGGCUGCAGGACGGCACCAACCGCACCCUGCACACCAAGAACUGCCCCGGGCAGCGCCCUGAGACCCGCCGGCCCUGCGGCCGCCUGCCCUGCCCCGCUCAGUGGAGGACGGGAGCCUGGUCCGAGUGCUCAGCGACCUGCGGGGAAGGCGUCCAGCAGCGGCAGGUGGUGUGCAAGGGCAGCGACAGCGGUGCGCGCUGCGACGGUGACAAGCCAGAGGCCAUCCAGGGCUGCCACGUGGCGCUGUGCCCAGGGAAGAUCUCUGGCAUCACCGCCAGCGCCGACGCCGGUGACCACGGCGUGACCAAAGGGCAGCGGGUGCCCCAGGAUGGAGCCAAAAACCCCGUGAGCAAGAUCUCCUCCAGAGAGCCGUGCCUCGGGGACAAGUCCAUCUUCUGCCAGAUGGAGGUCCUGGCCCGCUACUGCUCCAUCCCYGGCUACAACAAGCUCUGCUGCGAGUCCUGUGGCAAGAAAUCCUCCUCCACCACCGGCUCCCCUGCUGCCACUGGCAUUCCCCUGGGCACCACCGCUCCCAGCCCCGCUCCAGUGCUCUCCCCCUACCCCACAGCCCCGGGGGAACCUGGUGGGGACCCCACUGGGGCACCUGGGGUAUCCAGCAGUGGUGCUUUUCCAGGGGAGCCAGGAAGGGGCCAGGGGGCCAGGUAACCUGCUCAGGACCACCUCACUGUGGGGCAGGGAAAGCCUUUCUCCCUCUUCCUUCCCUUCCUCCCCAUCUUUUUCCUCUCCCCCCAACUUCCAGCGAUGGUGGUGCUGCCAGCUUUGGAAACAACCCAGCUCCACACCCAGGAAUUCCUGGGAAAACCACUUAUUUCUUGCCCUCCCAGCUGUGCCAUGGCGCGUUUUGGCAAUGCUGUGGGAAAAAAGAGCAAAAAAAGUGGCAGGUAGACAGGCUGCUUCCUCCCAAGGUGCUAAAAAGAUGUGGGAGGGGGAUGGUUUUCAUGUCACUUUUUCCUUCCCCCUGCUCCAAGCAGCAGCACGGGGUGUGCUGGAGAGGAGGGUCCUGGCUUUGGGUUCAGCCCCAGAGCAGUGGGAGGAUAUUGGGAAUCUGGGGGGGCAGGGAACCCAGAGGGAGGGAGGUGGUGAGGUGAGGAGAGGGGAAAUUUGGGUUUCCCAAAUCCCAAACUGCUGGUCUGGGCUGUCCYUGUCGGGGUGGAGAGUUUGGGAAACACCUCUGGGGGAAGGUGGAAUGUGAAAAAUACAGAGCAGCUUCUGUCCUGGGGGUGGAGGAGGGUCCAGGAAAUUCCAAAGUGAGCGAUAAGAGUCGCGGGUCAAAGACCAAAAAUCCAUGUCCAAAAUGCCCUUCACCUGGGGGUGACUUUGUUUUAGCCAAUGUUGCCCUUGGCCAGCCUUGAGCUGUCACCGAUGCCCAACCUCCCCAGGAUCACCAGCCUCACCCCUGCACCCUUGCACCAAGUCCUGGGGGGCACCAACAGCUUCCAGGGGGUGACUGGGAAGCYAGGAGCAGAUUUUAGGGUGACAAGGAGAGAAGAGAGGCAAAGGGUCAUCUGCAGCUCAUUGCUUGGGGGUGGGUGAGAGGGGGAUGAUUAAUGCCAUUACCAAUUCUUGUGCCAAGCACUAAACAUUUGCACAGCACUUUAGGAGCCUUAGGCUGCCCUCACCUCACUGGGUGUUGGGCCAGCUCCGGGCACAGGGUUUGCCUGGGCGAGUUUCAGUCCUCAAAAGCCUCCCCAGAAUGUGUCCCUGAGGGGGCUGCCAUGGUUUUKGUGCUUAAGGCACCUCUGGGUGCUGGGGCAGGGAAAGGUGGGCAUCUCUGCAGGGGAGGUUUUGGGAAUGGGGAGGUGGGAAUGGGAAUUGGCAGAUGGACCAGUUUGGCAUGGCAGAGUGGGAUGUCCUUGGGAGCUGGCCCUGGUGAUCCUGCUGCCCCAAAAUCCAAGGAGCAGGAUGUGACAUCCUUAGGGACAUUGUGAGCUCUGCAGGUAUCCAGGGCUUGGUAGCGAGGUAGCCUGGGAUGAUUUUCUUGGUCUGGUGUGGUUGGUGACAGGGUUUGAGGUGCUUUGAGAUGGAUAGAGAGCCCUCUGCAUUCCUGAAGUUUUUAUUGGACUCUGCUGUUCUCCCCYGGAGCUUUCCAAGCCGAGGCACGGCUGGACAAGCAUUUUCCCAACUCCUCCAAGCACCCGAGGCUGGAACCCCCAACCUCCUGGGUGCUGCCCUUUGGCAUGAGGUGGGCAUCCCAAAAGGUGGAGCACAGCCCCCAGUCUGUCUGAGCCACACAGCUGGCACACCUCAUGGGAGUGGGCACACAGAGGGUGCUCUGGAGCACCCAGAUCUGGGCCAUGCAGGUAUCAGAACCCACAGGGGAUCCUGAGGGACACCAGGGUGGGAUUCAUCCCUUGGAAUGCUGCCACCACCCCCUUGCAGCCCCUCCACGGGAGCGCCAGCAUUUGUUUAUUUAUUGUGCCAAAGAUAAAAAAAAAGACCUUCCCCUCCAGAACUGGGCUGUGGUGUCCUUCCUCCCCAGUUCCCUCGCUUUCCUCCUGGCCUGGGCAUUGGUGCUUUGUUGCUUAAGGAAUAUUUGCAGUGGUCGCUGGCUACACCUCGGGGGUGUUUGGGUGGGGGCUCAGUGCUGCUUUAGGGCUGAUCCCCUAAAGCACGAUGUGAUGAACCCUCCCCACCAGCCAUGGGUGCUCCGGGGUGCUGAUGCUGCAGGGCUGGCACCCAGCUCUGUGGAUUUCAUGGGAUCCUGGAAUGGUUUGGGUUGGAAGAGUCCAUAAAUCCCAUCCAGUUCCAUGGGCAGGGACCCCU